AUGGCAGCCGGCUUCUUCAUCAGCAAGAGCGUGGGCAUCGUGGGCAUCGUGCUGGCGCUGGGUGCCGUGGCCACCAUCAUUGCGCUGUCUGUGGUGUAUGCACAGGAGAAGAACAAGUCGUCAGGAGGCAGCGGCAGCACCGACACCACCACCACCGCUGCCAGCACCACCACUGCGCCCAACAACCCCUGGAACCGCUGGCGGCUGCCGGCGGCGCUGAAGCCGGAGAGCUACGAGGUGACGCUGCAGCCCUUCCUGACGCCCGACGCCAACAACGUGUACAUCUUUAGGGGCAACAGCAGCGUGGUCUUCAUCUGCGAGGAAGCCACCGACCUCAUCCUGAUCCACAGCAACAAGCUGAACUACACGCUGCAGGGCGGCUUCCACGCCUCGCUGCAUGCGGUGGACGGCCCCGCACCGCCCGCCAUCAGCAACACGUGGCUGCAGACCGACACGCAGUACCUGGUGGUGCAGCUGGCCGGGCCGCUGCAGCAGGGCCAGAGCUACCGCCUCUUCAGCAGCUUCACCGGGGAGCUGGCCGACGAUCUGGCUGGAUUCUACCGCAGCGAGUACACCGAGGGCAACGUCACCAAGGUGGUGGCCACCACGCAGAUGCAGGCCCCUGACGCGAGAAAAGCCUUCCCCUGCUUUGACGAGCCGGCCAUGAAGGCCGUCUUCACGGUGACGAUGAUCCACCCCUCCGAUCACACGGCCAUCUCCAACAUGCCCGCCAACAACACCUACCAGCUGGAGAUGGAUGGGCAGAGCUGGAACGUCACCCAGUUCAACCCCACGCCCAAGAUGUCCACCUACCUGCUGGCCUUCAUCGUCAGCCAGUUUGACUAUGUAGAAAACAACACUGGGGGGGUGCAGAUCCGCAUCUGGGGCCGCCCCACAGCCAUCGAUGAAGGGCAGGGCGAAUACGCACUCCAGAAGACCGGACCCAUCCUCAGCUUCUUUGAGAGACACUAUAACACGGCAUACCCGCUGCCCAAGUCCGAUCAGGUCGCCCUGCCCGACUUCAAUGCGGGUGCGAUGGAGAACUGGGGACUGGUCACCUACCGGGAGAACUCGCUGCUCUAUGACAACGCCUACUCCUCCAUUGGCAACAAGGAACGGGUGGUGACCGUCAUCGCCCACGAGCUGGCCCACCAGUGGUUUGGGAACCUGGUGACGCUGCGGUGGUGGAAUGACCUGUGGCUGAACGAGGGCUUUGCCUCCUACGUGGAGUACCUGGGCGCAGACUCAGCAGAGCCCACCUGGAACAUUAAAGACCUGAUGGUGCUGAACGAAUUGUACACGGUGAUGGCGACCGAUGCCCUGACCACCUCCCACCCGCUCACCUUCCGUGAGGAUGAGAUCAACACCCCAGCACAGAUCAGCGAGGUCUUUGACAGCAUCGCCUACAGCAAGGGAGCGUCGGUGCUGCGGAUGCUCUCUGACUUCCUCACUGAAGACGUGUUCAAGGAGGGGCUGCAGUCUUACCUCCACACCUUUGCCUACGGAAACACAGUGUACACAGACCUGUGGGAGCACCUGCAGGAGGCUGUCAACAAGAACAACGUGCCUCUGCCCGACACCAUCAGUGCCAUCAUGGACCGCUGGACGCUGCAGAUGGGUUUCCCCGUGGUGACUGUCAACACACUCACUGGCAGUGUCAGGCAGAGCCACUUCCUUCUGGACUCCAACUCCACAGUGGAGAGACCUUCUGUGUUCAACUACGCCUGGAUUGUCCCCAUCACCUGGAUGACACCUAGCAGAACUGGGGACAGGUAUUGGCUGGUGGACGUCUCAGACACCAACAGCAACUUCAGUGUGGGCAGCUCCACCUGGCUCCUGCUGAACCUCAACGUCAGCGGCUACUUCCGCGUCAACUACAACCAGGAGAACUGGGAUCAGCUCCUGCAGCAGCUCUCCAACAACCACCAGGUCAUCCCCGUCAUCAACCGGGCGCAGAUCAUCGACGACGCCUUCAACCUGGCCAGGGCACAGCAAGUCGACGUGACGUUGGCACUGAAUACCACGCGCUUCCUGAGCGGGGAGACGGAGUACAUGCCUUGGCAGGCAGCACUCAACAACCUGCAGUACUUCCAGCUGAUGUUCGACCGCAGCGAAGUGUUCGGGCCCAUGACGAAAUACAUCCAGAAGCAAGUGACGCCGCUCUUUGAGCACUACAGGACUGUCACCAACAACUGGACGACCAUCCCCGUCAACCUGAUGGACCAGUACAGCGAGAUCAAUGCCAUCAGCACAGCCUGCUCCUACGGCAUCGCUGAGUGCCAGCAGCUGGCCACCACGCUCUUCCAGCAGUGGAAGCAGAACGUCAGCAACAACCCCAUCACCCCGAAUCUGCGCUCCGCCAUCUACUGCAGCGCUGUGGCCACGGGCGGUGAGGAGGUGUGGGACUUCAUAUGGGAGCGCUUCCUCGAGGCUCCCGUGGUGUCCGAGGCCGACAAGCUGCGCACGGCCCUGACCUGCAGCACUGAGACCUGGAUCCUCCAGCGGUACCUGCAGUACACCAUUGAUCCCACCAAGAUCCGCAGGCAGGAUGCCACCUCCACCAUCAACAGCAUCGCCAGAAACGUAGUGGGGCAGCCGCUGGCCUGGGACUUCAUCCGAGGCAACUGGAAGACACUUUUUGGCCAGUACGGCGGCGGCUCCUUCUCCUUCUCCCAGCUGAUUUCAGCGGUCACCCAACGCUUCAACACGGAGUUUGAGCUGCAGCAGCUGGAGCAGUUCAAGGCAGACAACCAGGACAUCGGCUUCGGCUCGGGGACGCGCGCCCUGGAGCAGGCGCUGGAGCGGACCAGGACCAACAUCAACUGGGUGAAGGAGAACAAGGAGGUCGUGCACGCCUGGUUCCGAGCCGAGACCGCCUCCAGCUAAGCCUGCUCUGCUCACCGCCGCGCCGCGGGGCUCCGC